AUGAAGGUCAUCGCCCUCCUCACCCUCCUCGCCCACACCGGCCUCGGUAUGCAGAUUAACUACUACACCGACGGUGGCUGCUCCCAGUUUACAGUCUCACCCCCGAACGUGCCUGCCGACGGUUCCUGCUACAACUACAGCUGGUCCUCUAUGAACAGCGCCAACAUCGCCAACUGCAACUAUCCCAGCUGCACUUGCGUUUUCUACGAGGGAAGCAACUGCCAGGGUGUCAUGAAGUUCGCCAGCACCCAGGCCAGCAACUGCGCCUCCAACUGGGGCCGGGGUUUCAAAUCAUUCGCCUGCCUCGGCCGCAACGCGUGA